GGUUCAGUAAGGUAUCGAAUUUUUUUAGCCACGCUGUAAAAAAGUUGAUAUACAAAUAUUAAUAUUAUUAUAAUAUAAUAGAUAUGUAGAAAACAUUUGAGAAAUUGAAAUAUGUUAUGAAAUUUAUUUCAUUUUCAUCAUUCUCAGAUUCAUUGGCUAUUGUAUAAAAUUAAUUAUAUAUUGUUAGGUUAUAUUUAAAAAUCUCAUAUUUACAAAGAAAAGAUUGGAAUAUAUAUCUUUGGAAAACGAGACAGACUGAUGAUUUUAAAGAAUCCGGAAGCAUGUCUAGCGAUACAAAGAUUGAUACAGACACAGAAAUUGUAGAUUAUAAAUAUAAUAAAGCAAAGAAUUGUGAUGAUAUCUCAUACCUAGCACGUAAAAUAAGAGAAAAGGAAGCAUUUUCUCAGGAGGAUUUAAAGCAAUUACGCAAUUUAAAAGUAAAAUUAAUACAUGAAGUUCCACCACAACAUCAAGUUGAAAUACGUUCAGGAACUCAUGUACCUUCUCGUGAAGAAUUGGAACAGUUUAUGGCAUUAGCACCAUUAAAAAAAGGUUCCUUUUCACCAGAUGAGGAUGAUAAAAUUGUUCAUAAUUGGAAACAAUUUUGCAAGUUACACAAUUGGAAUAAACAUAAAUAUAGAGCGUUUUUAAGUCUGAGAGAUAGCGAUGGCAAGAAGUAUACUUGUAAGAAGAAAGAAACAAAAAAAUUUGCACAAUUUUUAGCAAAUGGUUUACCAAAUCGCACAUUGUAUAGUGUAUACCAUAGAUUUAGAAUUUUAUAUAGUUCUUAUUUAAAUAGAAGGUAUACACAAGAAGAGGAUGUUAUGAUAUUAAAUCAUAUUGAUCACAAUCCAUUCCUUGAUGAAAAACGAAAGUUUGUUGAUUUAGCAAAGGUUUUAAAUAGAAGUAGAGCUUCUGUUUGGCGACGUUAUCGAUUGUUAAAAAGAAACAAAAAGUCAAAGAUAAAAAAUUGAAUCUGUUUGAUAAAAUAGUAAUGAUUUAAUAUGUCUAAUUUUUGGAACUAAAAUAAACUCUUAUCAAAUAAUA